AUGGACGGCCACAGCGAAAGUGAGCCGCUUCUGCUGGACGUGGCACCCGUCGAGCAUAGACCCGUACCGCGACGCACGUUUUGGAGAGUGGUGCUAUUGAGCUACGCCAUGCUAUUCUGCUCGCAACUCUACGCCUCGUCCUUUAACACGGUUCUAUACGAGACCUUGGAAGGCCUGCUGUGUCGCGACAUGUACGACGACGUGGGCGACCCUCUGGCGGACCCGCGCUGCAAGGGCGAGGCUGUGCAGUCGGAGCUGUCGCUGCUGACGAGCAUCGAAGCCAGCUUUGAGAUGCUUCCACCGAUGCUUUGCGGCAUUGUGUAUGGCCUGAUUGCGGAUGUGUAUGGACGCAGGCCGAUAUUGAUACUGUCAACGUUUGGCGCUGUGCUGUAUGGUGCCUUGGAUAUUGCCAUCUGCUGGUUUCAUGAUUACGUGCACAUCAAAUUCUUCUGGGCGGUGCCCAUUGUCUACUUUUUCACGGGCGGCGGCUUGGUGGCAGCCAGCAUAAACUACACCGUUGUCACAGACGUUUCCACAAAGUCGCAAAGGUCUGCCAUAUUCUUGGCCAUCACCAGUGCGUUUCUCCUGGGCGCCUUCUUCGGAGCCUAUCUUGCGGCUGCCCUGUUGCCUCUUGGCCACUAUUUUGCCAUGUGCGCCAUCUUGUCGGUGCAAAUACUCGGGCUCUGCGCAUCGUGCUUUGUGCCAGAGACUAUCACGAUUAGGGAGAAGCCGCAAGAUAGCGUGAGCGACGCGAUGCCUUUCCGGAAGAAGCUGUCGGCGAAGAUUGCCCAGUUGCGCGUGCAGUCAUUGGCGUCUUUGAGAGACAUAUUUUGGGGCGGCAACACGAAGUUGACUCUCUUGCUUAUGAGCACUCUGUUUACCGGGGUGGGCAAACAUUUGGUCAGCAGUGUGAUGAAGCAGUAUGCUGUCAAGCGUUAUGAGUUGUCCUGGGCAAACGCCGGCAUUAUUCUGUCCUACGCAAAUCUUGUACGACUUGCUCUCUGCUUCGCGGGUAUACCUCUACUUGUGACUGCCCUCCGAAUGGCCAAAGUUCUCCCUAUCAUCCAGGACGCCUGGAUCUCACGCGUCAGUGUUCUUGUUGCCGUUACAUGUAGCUGUCUGGCCGGCGCUGCCCCCGACGUCGGGGUGUUUACUGUGAGUGUCAUCCUGUACGCCUUGAGCUCCUGCUUGGAGCCUACGGUACGCAGCUUGGUGGUGGCUAUGGGGCGGGACGCGGGCACGGGAAGCAUCAUUUCGGCCUUGGAAGUGUUGACCGCGGUGAGCAUCGCGAUAGCGGGACCGGUGAUUGCCGCGACUUUCCGGUUGGGUAUGAGGCUCGGCGGCGGCUGGAUUGGGUUGCCCAUGUACAUUGGCGGCGGGAUCAUGGUCCCGGGCGCCCUGAUUUUGCUCUUUAUGCGGUUCGACAAGGAAGUUGCGGAAGAAUUGGCUGAAGAGAGUGAAGGGCUUUUGUAA